AACAAAUGUUUGUUUGGAAAUAAACAAAUAUAUUAAAGAGAAGAUAAAACUAUUAAAUGCUUAAUUUUUGAUUAUAUGAACAAUUGUGUUUGGAUUAUAGUCUUUUUCUUUUCUUUUUUUUAAUUAUGGCGCUCUGUAAUUCUUGGCAUAAAGAAUGACAUCUUUGUGCGAUACGAUUUGGAGGUUAAGGCAUAUGAUGGGGUGUAUGCCAUUUAAACUUUCUAUUAGAAGGAUAGUAUAUGUGAAUAGUUUUAUAAUUUUAUCUAAAUGAAUGUAAUUUAAUAAAACUUAGUGGUCUUCUUACUGUUCCUUAACAAUUUUUAUAACAUGCCAAUGUCAAAACAUGAUAUUGAAGUUCCAACUUCAAUUCCUGAUUUGUUAUUGGAAAAACAUACAAAUUUCUUACUUUCUUAUGGCACCGAUAAAGAUGAAUAUAUAUAUUGUAUGACAGAACACAUGAGAAUGUCUGGUAUGUACUGGGGUCUAACAGCAUUAGAUCUUAUGGGAAAACUGGAACAAACUAAUAGAAAUGAGGUGCUUGAAUUUAUUGCUCAGUGUCAAACAGAAAGUGGAGGUAUAGCUGCAAGCUUACAGCAUGAUCCACACAUUCUUUAUACUUUAAGUGCAGUACAAAUACUUUGUAUCUAUGAUGCUCUGGAUACUAUUGAUAUAGAAAGAGUUAUAAAAUAUGUAAAAGAAAGGCAACAACCAGAUGGAAGUUUUACUGGUGACAUAUGGGGUGAAGUUGAUAUGAGGUUUUCUUUCUGUGCUGUAGCAACUUUAUCCCUCCUACAUCGAUUAGAUGCAAUAGAUGUUGAUAAAGCAGUUGAAUUUGUAAUGAAAUGUAUGAAUUUUGAUGGUGGUUUUGGAUCAAAACCUGGGGCUGAAAGUCAUGCUGGUAUGAUUUACUGCUCUAUAGGACUUCUAUCGAUAACUGGUAAUCUUCAUUUAGUAGAUGCAGAUCAGUUAGGUUGGUGGCUUUGUGAAAGGCAACUUUCAUCUGGAGGUUUAAACGGUAGACCGGAAAAGUUACCCGACGUAUGCUAUUCCUGGUGGGUUCUUUCCGCGCUUACCAUUCUUGGACGUCUUCACUGGGUUAAUAAAGAACAGUUGGUAAAAUUUGUACUGGCAUGUCAGGACGCAGAAUCAGGAGGAUUUAGCGAUCGUCCGGGAGAUGUUGCCGAUCCUUUUCAUACUCUCUUUGGUUUAACUGCACUUUCCCUUUUAAAUACAGAUUAUCCUCUGAAAAAAAUUAAUCCAACAUACUGCAUGCCAGAGUAUAUCAUUCAGAGGCUACAACUGAAACCUUCAAGGCUUGACCAAAUUAAUUGACGUUUAAUUAAAUAAUCUAACGUUUAUGCGAAUUAAAUAUUUAUGAAUUAAUAUAAAACAAGGAAAUACAAUGUAUAUCUUUUAUACCAA